AUGGAGGAAAUCAUAUACAGCCCGGAAUUGACCAUUCCUGACACCCUAUUGCUACGAAACCUCGCCGACGACAUCCAACGGCACAAGGAAAUCAAAGGGGCGAGCUCCAAGGUCGACCGCGAUGAGGGCUACUCCAGUACAGGCUCUGGCCGUUCUGCCGAGAACGCUAUCAACAAAUAUGGCAUCUCAGAGGAGAGGGAUGCCAGCGACAUUCAAAAGCUGAAUGGGUUCAAUGACCACGAGAGCAAGGACUUUGAGCCGACUGUCAUCUCAUCGCUCGACCUCGCGGAUCUUCAGGCCAAGCUCCCCGCUGUCGUUUACCAGAAUGUCGUCUUGCCAUACAUCGCCUGGGCCCGCACCAUUGUGCGUCACGACACCGACGUCCUGAUGUUGACACACCUCAUCAUGUACUUCACCACGUCGCUGCCCAGCGCCAUCUGGCUGUUCUACAACUUCACCUACCUCCACGGCAUCUUCCACUUCGUCAUGCAGUUCUGGUACAUGGGCACGUACACGCUCAUGAUGCACCAGCACAUCCACAUGGGCGGCAUCCUCGCCAAGCGGCCCCUCCUGCGCCUGUUUGACACCUACUUCCCCUACGUCACGGACCCGCUGAUGGGCCACACGUGGAACACGUAUUUCUACCACCACGUCAAGCACCACCACGUCGAGGGCAACGGGCCGGACGACCUGUCGUCGACGCUGCGCUACCAGCGCGACGAGCUGCUGCACUUCCUGCACUACAUCGGCCGCUUCCUGGUCCUGAUCUGGCUGGACCUGCCGCUGUACUACCUGCGGAAGGGCAAGUACGCCAACGCCGCCCGCGCCGCCUUCUGGGAGCUGUCCAACUACACGGCCAUCUACAUGAUGUACCAGCUCAACAGCCGCGCCGCCACCUUUGUCUUUAUCUGCCCCCUGACGCUCAUGCGCAUCGGCCUGAUGGUCGGCAACUGGGGCCAGCACGCCUUUGUCGACGCCGACGAGCCGGACUCGGACUUUCGCUCGAGCAUCACCCUGAUUGACGUGCCGAUCGAUCUCACGCUGGACGAGCGCGCCGAGAUGCUGCGGCGGCAUACGAGGAGGUUUGGGGAGGAGGAGAUUAAGGUUAAGUUUGCUGCUUCUGCUGCUGCUGCUGCUACGGGGAAGGAGGAGUAG